UGUUCAGUUUUGUUUUUCUUUGCUUUGUUUUGCGUGAUUGUUUGAUUGCGUGAAAAAUAUUUAGAAAUAAUUGUAUUUUGUGUAUAUUUACUCUACAAAAUUGUGUAAAAUUGUGUGCUGGUUAAGUGUGUGUAUAAAUAAAAAGUAAUAAAUAAUGGCUACAGCACCAACUGAGUUAUCGAUUGCCGAAAUAAGAAACUACAUGCUCAGUAAUGAUUCCAAGGUGACAAAUCAUGCGUUGGUUAAGCAUUUUAAGCACUUUCUCACCAAACCCGAAACCCAAAAUGAAGCGCGCAAAUUGUUUAAAGUUUACGUCAAUAUUUUGUCAACAAUAAGAAAUGAAAAUAAUCAAAAGUAUUUAAUAUUACGUAAAAAGUAUAUUCACGAACUGCCAAGUAAUGAUGUUGUUCAGCGUGCAGUCGCUGCAGCAGGAGCCGAAACAGUGCCCAGUAGUCCAGGAGGUAUGUCAGUUAUAUCGGAAAGUGCUAUUUUAUCGCCUAUGCGACAACCUCCUCCAUACGUGCCACCACCUGAAGUGGCGACAACCGAUAAUUGUGGUUGUUUAGAUCAAAUCGUUGAAGUGGCUACCAUUGAAACAAGUAAGACAGCGCAAACAGCCUUGGCAGAGUCUGAAAAGGAACCACUCGCAAAGAAAAAUCCUGAUGAAAAUCAUGAAUUGGAAGUUGAAAAGCGUUUGAAAGCUAUUUCCAAAGAAAGCCACAAAGAAAACAAGGAAAAUAUACCACGAUUUUCGUUUUCAUCUGAAGGCUCGGCAACUUCACUUAGCAGCAAGUCCAGUAAGGACACCAUUGAUUCUGAUAUUGAUCCACCCGGCAGCAAUGUAAGCGUUAAAGAGGCUACUCGUAAAUUUAAUCGUUUAGUGUCAGAAGAAGAAGCUAAAGCAGCAGUGGCAUCACCGUCUGCAAAAAAGAAAGCUGAAGAAAAAGAGGAGAAGAAGGAGGAAAUACCAGAAGUUACCAUGGCUCACAAAAAGGCAAAGGAAUGGAUUGUAGCUAUGGCCAGGGCUAGCUAUCAGGAUCUGUCCAAACUGGCAAUUGAUUAUCCUGAAUUGGUCAAACUACACGAUCCAUUUACGGUAAGUUAGAACUCGAGAAGAAUU